AUGAAUUCAGUCUGCUACAAUGGUGUCAAUGAUAGACUUAUCCAUGAAGCAGAUCAACUGAUUUCCUACAUAGAGCGUGGUUCCACGGUCUUUAAAUUUUUUCCACGAAAGCGACCUGAGCGCAGGACCCUCCUAGUCCGCCGAGAAACGCACCAAGUCAUUUGGUGUAGAAAUGGAUCAUCACAACGUCAUGCAUACGAAGGUGCUUUGGAUAUUCGAGACAUCAAAGAAGUGCGGGUGGGUAAAUCCUCGAAAGAUUUCGAACGCUGGCCAGAGGAAACCAAGAGACUGGAGAGUUCUAAAUGCUUUACAGUAUAUUAUGGGACAGAGUUCAAGUUGCGGUCUGCCUCAUUUGCAGCUCAGACGGAUAAAGAGGUUGAAGCUUGGAUAAAGGGAAUAAGAUUCCUUAUCGAGGAAGCUGUGAAUGCUUCUUAUCCAUUGCAAAUCGAGAGGUGGCUAAGAAAAGAAUUUUAUGCCAUUGAAAAUCCACACGAGAAGAUAACCCUAAAAGAAGUGAAAGCAUUUUUACCAAAAAUAAACUGUAAAAUAUCUACAAGUAAACUGAGGGAUAUAUUUCAAGAAGUCGAUAAUAACAAAAAGGGGGAAAUUGGUUUUGAUGAUUUCUCUAUUCUGUAUCACAAGUUAAUAUUUGAUGAAAAUAAUGUUCAUGAUCUCUUCAAUAAAUACUCUUCUUAUUGUGCAAAUGGCACCAAUAUAUCAUUACAUGAAUUCCAAAGAUUUCUCCUUUUGGAACAACAUGACAGACUGGGUGAAGACGAGGCUUGUACAUCACAAUUUAUUCGAGAUUAUCUACGGGACCCACAGAGGGAUAUAUAUGAACCUUAUUUUACACUGCACGAAUUUGUUGAAAUGCUAUUUUCCAAACAAAAUACUCUUUGGGAUAGUAGACAUGACUUUGUUACUCAAGAUAUGACGAGGCCUCUUGCCCACUACUGGAUUUCAUCAUCACACAACACUUAUUUAACAGGGGACCAGUUUUCGAGCGAGUCAUCUAUUGAGGCGUAUGUGCGCUGCCUAAGAUCCGGCUGUCGUUGCAUCGAACUGGACUGCUGGGACGGUCCAGACGGCACACCAUUCAUCUACCACGGCCACACGCUCACCACCAAGAUACGUUUCAUGGAUGUGCUGCGAACUAUAAAAGAGCACGCAUUUAUAACUUCAGACUUUCCACUAAUUUUGUCUAUCGAGGACAAUUGCUCUUUACCGCAGCAACGCCGAAUGGCCAGCGCAUUUCAAGACGUCUUCGGUGACAUGCUGCUCAUACAUCCGUGUGAAAAGAACGAGACGAGCCUGCCGUCGCCUCACGAUCUACGCAAGAAGAUCAUAUUGAAACACAAGAAACUACCCGAAGGUGCGGAAGAGAACUCGUUCGCGGUCCGCCAAGAAGAGGGGAAAGAUCUAGAUCUCAGGAACACAAUUAAAAAUGGAAUCCUUCUCCUUGAAGACCCGGUCGAUAAAGAGUGGAACCCACACGCGUUUGUGCUAACAGAGAAUAAGCUUUAUUAUACAGAGCAUUACAGCACACAGGGCGAGACAGAUAUAGAUAGCGACGGUGAGCAAGAGAGUGACACUACUAGUAUACCACCAGAUGAAUUACACUUCAGCGAAUGUUGGUUCCAUGGUAAACUGGCUGGUAACAGGCAGGAGGCGGAAGACCUCCUAAGGGCACAUUCCCAUCUAGGUGAUGGUACAUUCCUUGUUCGUGAGAGCGUCACAUUUGUUGGGGACUAUUGCCUUUCCUUUUGGAGGCAAGGCAAAGUGAACCACUGUCGCAUUAAGUUGAAGCAGGAGAGGGGCAUCACAAAAUAUUAUCUAAUUGAUACAGUAUGCUUUGAUAGCUUGUACAGCUUGAUAACACACUAUCGGCAGCAUCCACUCCGGAGUCAGGAGUUUUUGAUAACCUUGAAAGAACCGGUCCCCCAGCCAAAUAAGCAUGAGGGCAAAGAAUGGUACCAUCCUUACUGCACUCGUGCGCAAGCCGAGGAGCUUUUACGUAAAGCAAACACAGAUGGCGCGUUUCUCGUCCGACCCAGCGAAAAGGAACAAGGCUCUUACGCCAUAAGCUUCAGAACGGAAAGGGAAAUCAAACACUGCAGGAUUAAACAGGAAGGACGUCUGUACACAAUAGGCACGGUUAAAUUUGAGAGUCUCGUAGAGCUGGUAUCUUAUUACGAGAAACAUCCACUGUAUAAGAAGGUUAAGCUUUGGUUCCCGAUAAGCGAAGAUAUCGUGAGGAGAUUGAUAACGGAGCCCGAUGACAGCUCGGUAUACGGGACUCCAGGUUAUAUGGACCCGUCAUCGUUUCCUUCCAAGGUGACAGUCAAGGCGCUAUACGACUAUCGAGCGAGGCAAGACGACGAAUUGUCGUUUUGUAAGCACGCUAUAAUCACAAAUGUCGAUAAACCGGACGAGGGCUGGUGGCGAGGUGACUACGGCGGCAAGAAGCACCAUUGGUUCCCCGCUAAUUACGUGCAAGAGAUCGAGAUUCCCCAUAUGCCUAAUAUAGCAUGCCUGGAGAACGACUCCGCCCUGGGUUCCUUGCAAAAGGGAGUUGUGGACGUGUUAGGUGCCGUAGUGGAGCUCGUGGUCGGUGAAGAAAGUGGAUCAGCUCGUUGGAUCGUUCGCAUUCAAAGCCCAUCCAUGUGCGCCCCCUUUGACAUGGCGGCACCCACUAGGGAGAUAGCCCUAGAAUGGCUGUCAGCUAUAAAAGAAGCGGCGCACUCCGCAAGCGCCCGCUCCUUGCAACACAGGAAGAUGGAGCGAACCUGGCGUAUCGCUAAAGAAAUGUCGGAUCUCAUUGUGUACUGCCGCUCCGUUGCCUUCAACCAGGAGAGGAUCCGCAACAAAGGCUUCAUAUUCAACGAGAUGUCCUCCUUCCCGGAGACGAAAGCUGAACGCCUCAUGUGCCAGCAAGAAACCGCGUUCUUCAUGAAGUACCACGCGGUGCAACUCAGCAGGAUAUACCCGAAGGGCCAGCGGAUCGACUCGUCCAAUUACAACCCGAUGCCGUUUUGGAACGCCGGCUCACAAAUGGUAGCGCUCAACUACCAAACUCCGGAUAAGGCUAUGCAAGUGAAUAUGGGGAAAUUCAAAGAGAACGGCGGAUGUGGGUAUAUACUGAAGCCGGAUUAUAUGAACGAGGAGAACUAUAACCCAUACGACAAGCGUUGUAUAGAUAACAAAGUGAAGCCUCUGACGGUCAAGUUGAGGGUGAUUGCCGCGCGGCACCUGUGCAAGACGGGCCGUGGCACCGCGAGCCCGUUCGUGGAGGUGGAGAUUUUGGGUGCUGAUUACGAUACUGGUGUCAAACUUGUCACCAAGACUGUAGCCGACAAUGGAAUAAACCCAAUAUGGAACGACAUAUGCGAAUUCGACGUGGAGAACCCAGAUUUAGCAUUGAUAAGGUUCUUAGUGCAGGACGAAGACGUUUUCGGCGAUCCUAACUUCAUCGGGCAAGCGGUGUAUCCUCUCAAAUGUCUCCGCACCGGUUACAGAAGUGUGAUACUGACCAAUGGUUACUCUGAGGAAUUGGAGCUUUCCUCGCUCCUAAUUCAUAUAUCCAUCACAAGUUCAUAG